AUGGCAGAUUGGGUACCUACAAUUAAGCAGCUUGCGCUUGCUGACAACGCGUGCUUCGGUUGCGGCAUUGCCAACGCCGAGGACGGCGAGUUGUUCUCCGCCGCCGACAUCGACCACGAGGAGCUCUGCUGGGACAGCGUGUACCGCGACCCCUAUGAGUACGAGGCGGCUGACGAGACCGGUGCUACUGUGAAGCACCAGAUUGUCGAGAAGGCCACCAUUAUGGAGGUGUUCGAGCAGAAGCGCUCGAGCAUCGGUAUUUUCAUUGGCGGCAACAAGUACACCUUUGCGUCGUACGACGACGACUGCCAGUCGGGUGAAUACACUUUCAAGUGUGUGUCGGCCGCUAAGACGAAGGGUGGAGCUCACCUGGUCAUGACGCCCGGUGGCUACAUCAUCAUCUGCGUAUUCGACGAGACCCGUGGCCAGAACAAGACCACCUCCAGGAUGGCUGCCUUUGCCUUGGCGGAGUACAUGGCCGCCAACGGCUACUAA